AUGGUCUACGGCGACUCCAUGGUCGUCAUCAACAAAGUCAACGACUCCUGGGAUCGCAACAAGGAGAACAUGGACGCGUACUGCUUGGAGGUAUGCAAGCUCGAGAACAAAUUCUGUGGUCUCGAGUUCCACCAUGUCAUCCGCAACAACAACGUUGCUGCGGACGUCCUGUCGAAGCUGGGAUCUACUCGUGCUCAAGUCCCAGCAGGGGUCUUCGUCCAUGAACUGCACAAGCCAUCCAUACCGGAGCCGACACCUGCACCACCUACCACCAGUCCUAAGGUACCCCAGCCCAGCCCGGAGGUCAUGAUGAUCGACGUGGACAGGAGAAUUCCCUUCAUCGACUACAUCAAAGAUCAAGUGCUACCCUCCGACAAGACAGAAGCUGAACAAGUCACACGACGCGCCAAGACCUAUGUCCUAGUCGGAGACAAGCUAUAUAGACGAGGCGCAUCUUCCAACGUACUCAGCAAGUGCAUCUCUCGAGAAGAAGGCAAGGAUAUCUUGGAGGAGAUACACAAGGGAAUCUGCAGCAACCACACGUCCUCCCGGACUAUUGUGAGCAAAGCUUUCAGGGCAGCUUUCUAUUGGCCGACCGCACUGGCUGAUGGAGAGGAACUAGUCUGGAAGUGCCAAGGAUGUCAAUUAUUCGCCAAGCAACAACAAGUCCCGGCCUACAAGCUCAUCACGAUACCACCGACCUAG